CAACGCAAGGCUCUGACGUGUCUCUGUGUGAUUGGAGGCCUAGCCCCUGUAUAAAUCAAGCAGGCUCCACGGCCAGCCUUUUCAAUCGGAGUUUCAAAGCUUCUCCACCGGAGAGGUCUGACAGGAGCACAAACACAAAGCAAAAGCUGGCAGGCUGACAAGCGGAAAGCUUAUCAGGACGGAUUAUCUGGUAACUGACCAUUUAGCUGUGGCACACUCGGACUCCGUGUAAAGUGGGAUUUCGACCAUGAGCUCCGUCGCCGUACUUACGCAGGAGAGCUUCAAUGAGCAUCGCAGCGGCCUGCUGCAAGAGCAGCUCGGGGCUAAGGACAUGCCACUCGGCUCUGAGGAUGAAGGGGCCCUCCCAACCUACAGAGAUGCCUUUCCACCUCUACCCGAGAAGGCCGCCUCUCCUGAUGGCACCCAGGAACCUGCCAAUGCCUGGACUAAGAUUCGACCAAUUAAAUCAUCCAUGAUUACCCAGGUGUUCCAUGUGCCCCUGGAAGAGCGCAAAUACAAGGACAUGAACCAAUUUGGGGAAGGUGACCAGGCCAAGAUCUGUGUGGACAUCAUGUACAAGACUGGGGCCCAUCUGGAGCUUUCCAUGGCCAAGGACCAGGGUCUCUCCAUCAUGGUCUCUGGGAAGCUGGAUGAGGUCAUGAGGGCUAGGAAGGAGAUUGUUUCCCGACUCCAGACUCAGGCCUCUGCGACUGUGGCGAUCCCAAAAGAACACCAUCGCUUUGUGAUUGGUAAGAACGGUGAGAAGCUGCAGGAACUGGAGCUGAAGACUGCCACAAAGAUCCAGAUCCCGCGGCCUGACGACACCAGCAACCAGAUAAAGAUCUCUGGCACCAAGGAGGGCAUUGAGAAGGCCAAGCACGAGAUUCUCCUCAUCUCUGCUGAGCAGGACAAGCGUGCAGUGGAGCGAGUCACUGUAGAGAAGGUCUACCAUCCCUUCAUUACUGGGCCAUUCAACAAGGUUGUGAGUGAGAUGAUGCAGGAGACUGGAGCGAGGAUCAACAUUCCACCACCCAGCGUCAACAAGACUGAGAUAGUCAUCACCGGGGAGAAGGAGCAGGUUGCCCAGGCUGUGAUGCUCAUAAAGAAGAUCUAUGAGGAGAAGAAGAAGAACGUGACCACGAUCGCAGUGGAGGUGAAGAAGUCUCAGCACAAGUACGUGAUUGGACCCAAGGGGAACUCCCUGCAUGAGAUCCUGGAGAAGACGGGUGUCUCGGUCGAGAUCCCACCCACCGACAGCAGCUCUGAAACGGUCAUCUUGCGAGGAGAGCCGGACCGCCUUGGACAGGCUCUGACGGAGGUCUACGCUAAGGCAAACAGCUACACUCUGGCCUCUGUCUCGGCUCCAUCCUGGCUGCACCGCUUCAUCAUUGGCAAGAAGGGGCAGAAUCUUGCUAAAAUCACACAGCAGAUGCCAAAGGUUCACAUUGAAUUCACAGAGGGUGUGGAUAAGAUCACCCUGGAGGGCCCAACCAAGGAGAUGCAGCAAGUCCAGAGUCAGAUGGAAGCAAUUGUGAUUGACCUGGUGAGCCGCAUGGACUACACUGAAAUCACUGUGGAUCCAAAGUUCCAUCGUCACCUUAUUGGGAAGGGCGGAGCUAACAUCAACCGGAUCAAGGAUCAGUACAAGGUGUCUGUUCGUAUUCCUCCGGACAAUGAGAAGAGCAACCUGAUCCGGAUCGAGGGUGACCCCCAAGGUGUGAUCGAGGCCAAGAAGGAGCUACUGGAGCUGGCAUCCCGCAUGGAGAACGAGCGUACAAAGGACAUGAUUAUUGAACACCGUUUGCAUCGAACCAUCAUCGGCCAGAAGGGAGAGAAAAUCAAGGAAGUCCGUGAUAAAUUCCCAGAGGUCAUCAUCAAUUUCCCUGACCCUACACAAAAAAGUGACAUUGUCCAAUUUAGGGGACCCAGAACUGAAGUGGAGAAAUGUACCAAAUUCAUGCAGAAGAUGGUGGCUGAAAUGAUGGAGAACAGCUUUUCUGUUUCAGUUCCAAUUUUUAAACAGUUCCACAAGAACAUAAUUGGAAAAGGAGGAGCCAACAUUAAAAAGAUUCGUGAAGAGACCAACACUAAGAUCGACCUUCCAGCUGAGAACAGCAACUCUGAAGUCAUUGUCAUCACUGGGAAGAAGGCAAACUGUGAGGCUGCGCGAAACCGCAUCUUGGCCAUUCAGAAAGAAUUGGCAAACAUCAUUGAGAUGGAGGUUUCCAUCCCCUCCAAGCUGCACAACUCCCUGAUUGGCUCCAAAGGGCGCUUUGUGCGUUCCAUCAUGGAGGAGUGUGGUGGCGUCCACAUCCAUUUCCCCACAGAGGGCUCUGGCAUUGACACCGUCAUCAUCCGGGGGCCAGCGGAGGAUGUAGACAAGGCCAAGCAGCAGCUACUGUCCCUGGCUGAGGAGAAGCAAACAAGGAGUCACACUGUGGAGCUGCGAGCCAAGCCAGAGUACCACAAGUUCCUGAUUGGGAAGGGAGGUGCAAACAUCCGCAAGGUGCGUGACAACACAGGCGCCCGUAUCAUCUUCCCCACCGCCGAGGACAAGGACCAGGAGCUCAUCACUGUGGUGGGGACGGAGGACUCUGUCCGGGAUGCACAAAAGGAGCUGGAGGGCCUCAUUAAGAGCCUGGAGAACGUAGUGGAGGAUUUUAUGAUGGUGGACUCGAAGCAUCACCGGUACUUUGUCUCUCGACGGGGGCAGGUGUUGAGAGAGAUCGCUGAGGAGUACGGAGGUGUGAUGGUCAGCUUUCCACGUACUGGCACCCAGAGUGACAAGGUCAUCCUGAAGGGAGCCAAGGACUGUGUGGAGGCAGCCAAGAAACGCAUGGCUGAGAUUAUCGAGGACCUGGAUGCACAGGUGACCAUAGAGUGCGUGAUUCCUCAGAAGUUCCAUCGCUCCAUCAUGGGCCCCAAAGGCUCCCGCAUACAGCAGAUCACUCGCGACCACAAUGUGCAGAUCAAGUUCCCAGACCGUGAGGACCCCCAAGCUAGCCCAGUCUCUCCGGAGCCAGCAGUGCAUGAAAAUGGAGAGGUCAAUGGGGAACCCAAAGAGCAGGCGGACCCAGCAGCUCCCAAAAAGUGUGAUGUCAUAGUCCUCUCUGGGCACAAGGACAGGUGUGAGGCAGCUGUGGAAGCACUUAAGGCUCUGGUUCCUGUCUCCAUCACAGUGGAUGUGUCUUAUGACCUUCACCGCUACAUCAUCGGCCAGAAAGGGAGUGGAAUCCGCAAGAUGAUGGAUGAUUAUGAAGUGAAUAUCCAAGUGCCUGCCCCUGAGCUGCAGUCAGACACCAUCUCCAUCACAGGGCUGGCUUCUAACCUGGACCGUGCCAAAGCAGGCCUCCUGGAGCGGGUCAAGGAGCUGCAGGCUGAUCAAGAGGAUCGGGCUCUCAGAAGUUUCAAGCUGACCAUCUCUGUGGACCCCAAGUAUCACCCCAAGAUCAUCGGCAGAAAGGGGGCAGUCAUCACCCAAAUCCGCACAGAACACGAUGUUAACAUCCAGUUCCCAGACAAGAAUGAUGACAACCAGGACCAGAUCACCAUCACAGGGUAUGAGCGCAACGCAGAGGCUGCUAGAGAUGGUAUCCUGCAGAUCGUGGGAGAGCUUGAGGAGAUGGUGUCCGAGGACAUCACCCUGGACCACCGCAUUCACGCCCGGAUUAUCGGAGGUCGUGGCAAAGGCAUCCGCAAGAUCAUGGACGAAUUCAAGGUGGACCUGAAGUUCCCCCAAAGUGGAGCGGCCGACCCCAACUGCGUGACUGUCACCGGGCGUCCCGAAAAUGUGGAUGAGGCCAUCGACCACCUGCUAAACCUGGAGGAGGAAUAUAUGGGAGACGUGGGUGACAGCGAGUCUAUGCAGACAUACAUGAAGCCCCGUGGCGGUGGCGGUGGCGGUGCUGCUGAUGAGCCCAGGGGUCCUUCCAAAGGGUUUGUGGUGAGGGAUGCUCCGUGGACCGCUGGACCCAGCGACCAGGCCCCAGACAUGAGCAGUUCAGAGGAGUUCCCCAGCUUUGGUACUCCUGUGGCUCCCAAGUCCUCUCCCUGGGGACCCAAACGUUUCUGACCUGGAAGUAAAAGCUCGCCGCCCCCUUUCCCCAACUGCUGAUUUACCUGGACACCUGCCCCUGCCCCUGAACUGUCGGCAGCAUAGUUCAGGGGCAGGGGAGAUUGGGCAACUAGGCCAUAAACCCCGAUUUUAAAUGGACUGCCUUACCUCUUGAUCAGAAGCCCAAAGGAGAGCAAACGUUAACUCCCUCCCCCCCCCCCCCCCCAUUAUGGAAAUCCUGUUUUGGCUAUGAAUUCAUCCCUGUGCUGUCCGGCAGACUAACUUGGCUUAACCAAAAUCUGUUGCUAACUGGCAACCACGUACUACUUCCACUCUUACCCUGUUACUAUUUGUUUUGAGUUAAGAGGAGUGGCUGGGUUUUUAUUUAAACUGUCUUUACUCUGUAUUGAGUUGUCUUUGAGCUAGACAGGAGAAUGAACAGACCUACUCAUUCCAUUCAAAUGUCAUGUGACAGUAUGACCUGUUUAGCUACUAGUUAUCAUCCUGGUUAAAAGCACAUUUUUAAAGAGAAAUUACCCCUAUUGGAUGAACAGAACCCACAACCUUCAGAAUGAUUGCUGCAGCCUAGAUUAUGACAAAUAUACAAAAGCAGCUAGAAGCUACUUCAUUUUUAAUGACCCACAGAAGUUCGUUUCCUGUAAGGUCUGGCAAUUGGCAACAACCUGGUUUUAAAUUUGCCCCACUAAAGGUUCAUCAGUCAGGGCAGAGAGACUUGCCUAGUUUUUAGAAUGGGGAUUAAAUUCUGCAGCUGCUGUGCUAAGUGGAUUUGUGCCAUUUAAGAAAGAUUUAGUUAAAUUAGGAAGUAAUUCAUGAAACCUCUGUACAUGCUCUUCCUCAUUAUUUGGUGAUCACUUUGAUUGUAAGAAGAAAUUCACUUUAGUGGCCCCCCUCCCAAAGGUGAAGUAUAAAAUGUUUCUAAUGCAAAUGAUUUAACUAGAUAUUUCUGAUUUUUAAGUUAAUUCUCUGGCAUCCAGUAAAUCCAUUCCAUACCACAUGGAAGGGAACAAAGCUGCUACCUAAUGUGCUGUGUUAUAUUUAGAACAAACAACCAAUAAAACACUAGAACCAUACUUAGCUGCCAGGAACAGUUUGCCCUUUUUGGGUCCUAGCCUUUUUAAGGUGUCUUUGGGAUAGCAACCAUAAGAGACGUGAGAAACUGUCAGUCACAAUAAAGGGUUAAAACACUACUGGUUUUCCUGUACAAAAUGGUCUUUGUUUUUGUUUUAAUGUUUUAAAAACCAUGCUUGCCCUUCCUGGGUUAAAUAUUCCAAUAUUGAACUGGGAAGUUCAGUCUUGUUGGCCAGCGGGUUGGCGUCCAAUCCCUAUCUUGUCUUCCAGUUGCCAAGCAGAGUAAUCUGUUCCCAUGGCAACAACCCUUUUUCUUUUUUUUUAUUGGCCUUGAUUUCAGAAAUGAAGAUUAUGCAAAAAAAAAAAAAGCGCAAAACCUAUUAUAUGGAUAACACUGGAAUUGAAAUGUCCAAAAAAUAAAAAAAAGGAAAAAUGUAAA